AUGGCGAGGGGCUUUAUGCUCUAUGUGUCGGCCGCCGCCGUGGGUCUGCUCGGGUUCGGGCGGCCAGUUCCGGCUGAGGCGACCGACGCAUCAUCGACGGCGGCGAUGACAACACCCAUUCCCGAUGCUGCUGCUAUGGCGGAAGCGGUUCAAUGCCUACGGACAAGCUGGUCGAGCGCCAAUGCGACGGCCACAACAACAGACACGAAGAACGGCGCGGGCUCGAGCGGGCACACCAUGGCGGCACCAUCUGAGACGGCAUCAGCUGCAGAAACCGCUUACGGUAGGGAGGCCAAAGAGACCGACAAGGAGAAGGGGAAGGACGACGAUGAAAACCAAGAAGACCUGGCCACUGAGUCAUUCAUGUCUUUUGAAGAAUGGAAGGCUCUUCAGCUGAAAAAGGCCGGACAAGAUCCGGCGGAACUGCAAGCCCGGCGCCGGCAGCACCAGAACCAGCACCAGCACCUGCACCAGCACCAGCACCAUGCAGGACAGCAUGCGCACGGUGCCGGCGGUGAUAUCAACAUCGACAGCAUCGGCGACGACGGCGAGAUCGCGCUCGAUUUUGACGUACUCAACGAAAAAGUGUCGGAGAUGGCAGGCUCCGCGUCCGCUCGAACCCCCGACCAGUACCGCGGUGGAACCGGCGGAGGCCACCGGCAGGACGGUUCUGCUGCGGAUGGCGGCAACGCGGCUUCCGGAAGCGGGGGUUCAGGCGCAGGCACGCAAGAUGAAGCCGUGGUCUACGCGGACGGCGCGACCCAAUACUAUCGCAGUAAGGAUGCGGGCAAGACAGGCAAAGAGCGCUUCUCGUUUGCGUCGUUUGACGCUGGCGCCACCGUCCUCAAGGCCAACAAGGGCGUCAAGAACGCCAAGGCCAUUCUCGUUGAGAACAAGGAUUCGUACAUGCUGCUCGAAUGCCGCACGCGUGACAAGCACGUCAUUGUCGAGCUGAGCGACGACAUCCUUGUCGACACCGUCGUCCUGGCCAACUUUGAGUUCUUCUCCAGCAUGGUGCGCCGCUUUCGCGUUGGCGUCAGCGACCGCUAUCCCGUCAAAGCCGACCGCUGGCGAACGCUGGGCGAGUUCGAGGCGCGCAACUCGCGCGACAUCCAGCCCUUUCUGAUCGAGCACCCGCAGAUCUGGGCCAAAUACAUCCGCAUCGAUUUUUUGACGCACUACGGUAGCGAGUACUACUGCCCAAUCUCUCUUUUGCGCGUGCACGGAACGCGGAUGCUGGACUCCUGGAAAGACAGCGAGAACGGCCGCGAUGGUGACGAUGACGAGGAGCUUGAGAACCAGGAGCAAUACGAGGGAAAUGGGCAGCAGAACCAGAACCAAAACCAGUACAAUCAGCAACUGGCCGAGGAAGACCGUAAACAGAAACAAGCGGACGAACACGCGCAGCAUACACAGGCGGAGACCAUUGCGGCAUCGGAGGCAUCACCAAUCGUCGCCGACGGUGCUACGAAGUUUUCAGCGGACGCUGAUGUAUAUGGCCCGGGCGGCUACACACCUUGGAACCCCGUUGCGGCGUACCUAGGCUUAUUCAAUGCAGAUGCCGUCUGCUUAUCAUCAGCAACUCCCGACGGAUCUUCAGACAGCUCAGUAGCAAAUGCCGAUGACUCUUCAGCCCCCGCGUCGUCACAAGAGCAACGACGCGCAAUGCCAGUGGAGGCUCAUGCGGAGAUAAACAACCAGUCUUCUUCAGAGAUCCCCGAGCCUGCGUCGGCCUCCUCUGUUCAACCCCCUGAGCAUGCCUCAACUCCCACACAUACUCAAACCGCUGCUAAACGUACGUCGGCGGAAUCGGCCUCCAACCCUCCACAACCAGCUUCCACCUCGUCCAUCGCAUCCACCGCCUCCGAUGCGUCUCAGCCCUCUCAAUCAUCCGAGCCAGUCGCAAGUCCCUCUCCUCCCGCGGCUAAGGCGCCAGAGCUGGAUGUUUCAGCACAACCACAACCGGCAAAGCAGAAACCUGGCUCUGUUGGAAGCCAACAAACACCACCCACAACGACGACCGUACAGACGUCACAUUCUAGGAACAGGGCGGCAUCCGGUGGAGCGGGUGCAGCUGGUAGCUCGUCGCAGUCAGGUGGCAGCCCGUCUGGAUCGACAGGCGGGUCGGGGUAUACCCCAGGCGCCACGCCCGGCGGCGGUGGCCAGGGCUCUGCUUCUACUAGCUCGUCAGGCGGUAACAACAAUGGUGCAUCCACCGGCGGCGCCCAAUCCCCACCGCCGCCGCCCAUCGUGCAAGAGAGCUUCUUCAAAUCCAUCACAAAGCGGCUCCAGUUGCUGGAGUCCAACACGUCUCUGUCUCUGCAGUACAUUGAAGACCAGUCGCGGUUUCUUCAAGAAGCUCUGCGCAAGAUGGAGCGCAAACAGAUCGCGCGUGUCGACUCCUUUUUAGACACCCUCAACAACACCGUUCUGUCCGAGUUACGCAACAUGCGCCAGCAAUACGACCAGAUCUGGCAGUCGACGGUCAUUGCACUCGAGACGCAGCGCGAGCAGAACCAGCGCGAGACGGUCGCCCUGAGCGACCGCCUCAACGUGCUUGCCGACGAAGUGGUCUUCCAGAAGCGCAUGGCCAUCCUCCAGUCUGUGCUGCUGCUCUGCUGUCUCGCCCUCGUCAUCUUCUCACGGGGACUGCUGUCGAGCAGCUCGGCUUCCGUGCCGCUCGACGUCAACACCGCCACGGCUGCAGCCAUGGCUGCGGCAGCUGGGUACAUGCCGGCUGGCCCGGCCAUGUCUCCGUCACCAGCGUCGCCUCCGUCGGCGUCGUCUUCGGUCGGUCUACGCUCGAACCUUCGGUCGCUGCGGAACAACCUACGCAAUCCGUACGCGGCCUAUUCCGUCUACGCCUCGGACUACCCGCUGUCGUCGUAUGCGGCCGGGUCUCCACCUCCAAGCAAUUUGCGAACACAGCCCAUGCCUGUACGUGGCGGUGGUGCUACCAGUGCCGUCCCGGCUCCUAUCAACAAGAACAAGGUCUUGCCACUAAUACCGACCACGCCGACUUCGCCUUCCUCCCCAGGAUCGCCUGUAUCGCCGGAACCAAUCCUCUCCAACGAAGGCCAGGACAGCAUGUUGGACGUUGAUGAUCGGGCGACCCAAGUCAUGCAAGAAAAGGGAAAAGGGCCCGUUCUUGUUGAACCCAAGUCUCUGACACCACCCGCCUCUCUUCGUCUGAGCGACAUUGAAGAGGCUGCCGAUCAACUCGAGGAUGAAGAGGACAGCGGCGAAGACCAUGACGAGACUGUGCUGUCGGAAGCCACGACCGUCCGCCCCGAUGGAAACACUAGGACAAUAUUGGAUUGCAGCGACAGCCUCGGCUUGUUCACACCGACUGCUGCAACACCUACAAAACUCAAUGGCACGGCAGACGACUUGUCCUCGUCAUCCAUGACCACAUCCUUUCUCCCAGGCACAGGCUCUUCAGAGGCCCCUCCAGGCCCCCCUUUGGGCCGCAAACGCCUAGCGUCACUCUCAGACGACCAUAGUAAUUGA